CUCGCGAGCGACGCGGGGCGGGGCCUCGUUCGAGUCGGCAGUGCCGGUCUGGCCGAACGUCGUCUAGCUGAGGUCAGCUCAGCCGCCAUGGCGAAAGGCAAAGCCGCCGAACGGUCGCCAACGGGGGCACUCCACAAGACCCCAGUAGAGGACCAGGCUGCGCGGACGCGGGAUUCCGCGGAGCCGGGCAGCGGAGGCAGUCUGAAGGAAAAAGCCUGUGUGGAAGCGGGGUCAGCAAGAAUGUCACUUCUUAUAUUGGUGUCCAUUUUCUUGUCUGCAGCCUUUGUUAUGUUUUUGGUAUAUAAAAAUUUUCCUCAGCUUAGUGAAGAAGAAAGAGUGAAUAUGAAGGUCCCCAGGGAUAUGGAUGAUGCCAAGGCUCUAGGAAAAGUUUUAUCCAAAUAUAAGGACACCUUUUAUGUACAAGUACUUGUAGCUUACUUUGCUACGUAUAUUUUCUUGCAAACAUUUGCUAUUCCUGGCUCUAUUUUUCUCAGCAUACUCUCAGGGUUUCUUUAUCCCUUUCCACUAGCCUUAUUUCUUGUUUGUUUGUGUUCUGGACUUGGUGCCUCAUUCUGCUAUAUGCUCUCCUAUUUAGUUGGAAGACCAGUUGUAUAUAAAUACUUAACAGAGAAAGCAGUAAAGUGGUCACAACAGGUUGAACGUCACAGAGAACAUCUCAUAAACUACAUAAUAUUUUUGAGAAUAACACCAUUUCUGCCUAAUUGGUUUAUCAAUAUUACAUCUCCUGUGAUAAACGUGCCACUGAAAGUUUUUUUUAUUGGCACUUUUCUAGGCGUUGCACCUCCCUCUUUUGUAGCAAUCAAGGCAGGAACAACACUGUACCAGCUUACAACAGCCGGGGAAGCUGUUUCCUGGAACUCAGUAUUUAUUCUGAUGAUUUUGGCCAUUCUUUCUAUUCUGCCAGCUAUCUUCCAGAAGAAACUAAAGCAGAAAUUUGAGUAAAAAAUUAAAACUAGGUUUUUCUGUCAUCUUCAUUUUCAUCAUCUCAGGAUUAGCAGGUGCAUCCAUUUGUUUUUAAAUAAUCAGUACUCGAAAGAAGUAUUGUUUUAUGGGAUAUUUGUAAAAUAUGUAAUGAUACAUUUUAAAUAAUGCAUUUAAAUGACAAGAGCGCACAGAAUUUAAAAGGAGAAAUUGGCAUACUAAGAAAAGUGCUGCCAUCUAUACUUAUGAUAGACAUCUUACAAACUACUAACAAUGGCUAUAGACAGACAAUAGAGGCAUGGUAGAAACUUCUUGGUCUGAAUACAUCCAAUAUUUAUUUUUAUGUCUAACAGGUAAAAUAGAUAGUGAAGUCAAGUGCAGUGUUGUGCACCUAUCAUCCUAAGCCACUCAAGAGACUAAAGAUUGUGAAUUUGAGGCAGCCCAGGCAAGUUAGCAAGAUUCUGUCAUAAAAUAAGAGGUAUAGUUUUUGCUAAAGUUUAGCCUAAUGUCAGAGCAUAAACUGGGUAAAUAAAAUUUAAAAAAGGUUUACAUUUUCUUUUUCUGUUACCCUUUGAGGUAAUGAAUUUCAUUAGGGACUGUAUCUUCAGCGACCAAUGAAAAUAGGAUAUCAAGUUAUUUGUCUUACAAAUUUAUCAUUUUCUGUUUUAGAUUUGUAUUAUGGAAUAGUCUGAUAAUGUAAAUUCUGGCCAGUCUGUUUUCAUUCAUGUUUUUUUCUAGGUUUUGCAGUAUUUCCACACUAUAUAUGCAAAAUGAAGAUGCAUACCUAUAUAAUAUUGGUGUUGAUAAUGUAUACUUAGAUAUUUUGUUAUAACAUCUCUAAUAUCUCAGUAGAGGAUCUGAAAAUACCAAUUCCAGACAUUAGAUGGUUAUUUUAUUUUGAAACAAACAGUAACAGCACAACACUAAUGGCUAAUUACAGUUUAUGGUUCUAAUGACUGUAAAUUUUACCUCAUUUGAUAAUUAAGCAACGUAUUAUGUAAUUAUUCUUUUUAAUGCAUGAUACACUUGUAAGACUAUCUUGUUUAUAUGAUGGCUUUUUGUUUGGGACUGCUUUAAACUCAAGCCAUUUCACAAUUUAGUUUUUACUCUUCUGUUUCAAAAAGUAAACUACCUGCUCACAUAGUAACUAUUAAGUUUGAAUAGUUCUGGAAAACUGAAAAGCUUUUUGCUGCUUGGUAUGCCCUUGUGCCCUUGAUUCUGGGACAGAGCCAAUCUAAAGUACUUCCUCAGUUUUACUUUCACCCUAAGAAUAUUAAUGUUGAAAAAGUGCUUUAGCUCUGUAAGAAAUCUUGUAUGUUUUCAUUCAUUAUCAGAGGUGUGGUUGUCCUCAAAGCCUGUCUUACUGCAUAAUAUGGACUGAUUAAUUAUUUUCUAUCACAGUAUUAACAAAUGGAUAUGUUGUACAUACAAAAAUAAUAGAUUAAUAUAGUGGUCUUAAUGUCACCUGGUCUUUUGUGCAAAAUUAUUUAUUGUUAUUUCUAGCAAGGUUUUCUUUCCUAUCGACCAGAGUAGCAAGGUUUUCUUUCUUAUUGACCAGAGACUGACUGGUAAAGCUUUUGUUAUUUUUACAAAUGAAUUUAAAACAUAGCCUUUUGAGACAAAGUUCACUAAAUAUUAAUGUACAAAAUGUAAUUGAGUAAAUUUUUAUCAGACUUUUAAAAAUAAAAAUAAGAGCUUUGA